GCUUUCCCUGCCGCCGGAUCUCGCCCAUCACUCCAUAGCCGCGGCUGGGCAGGUCUCCCACCGAGAAAUGCACCAGAUCCUCGGGGUCCAGCUCCGGGUCCGCCGCCGCCGCCGCUUCCAGCAUCGUCCCGGCCACUCCCGUCCCGCUGCCGUCUCGCUUCGCCCCCGCCGCGCGCUGGCCCCGCCCGGCCGCCGUACGCGGGGCCACUUCCGGGAGAGCACGGAAGCGGCCGUUGCCAUAGAGAACCCGGAAGUGGACGCUGCCAUGGCGACCCGGGACGCCACGCCGGAAUUGACUAUAAAGGGGUCGCAGGAGGAAGAGGAGCAGGAGAGCUCCGAGGGGCCGGAAAAGAGCGGAAUUUCCGCGUCCAAAGCAGAGAGUGAACGAGCGGUUUCUGUGGCCUCUGUGAAAUCCCAGGAGCAGGAGCACGACCAAGAGCGAGAGCAGGAGAAGGAGAAGGAGAGGGAGGAGGAUGAGGACCAGGAGAACAUCAUUUCCUUGCUGCUCUCUGAUGCAGAGCCCAAGGGUGAAAGCCACAGGACACCAAAGCGAGUCCUGGUGUUCGUGCGGGUCAAGCCAACUGCUCAUUUUGCCCAAGAGAUGAUCAGGCUUGGCUCAGACAACAAGAGCAUCGAUAUCUACAUCCAAAAGAGUCCCAGGGGAGGAGUUGUGAAUAACUCUCAGACUGACUGGUCCUUCAAGCUGGAUGGGCUCCUCCACAACACUUCCCAGGAAAUGGUUUAUGACACCGUGGCAAAGGGCUUGGUGUCCAAAGCUUUGCAGGGCUACAAUGGCACCAUCAUGUGCUAUGGGCAAACUGGAGCUGGCAAAACCUACACCAUGACAGGAACAGCCUCUGAGUACAGGAACAGAGGGAUCAUCCCCAGAGCUAUCCAGCAGAUCUUCAAGUCAGCUGCAGAAUUCCUCAAUAUCCUGGUGACUGUCCGAAUUUCCUACCUGGAGAUCUACAACGAGGCCUUGUUUGACCUCCUGGCGCCGGCGCUGAGCCGAGGCUGCAAGGACAACCAGCUGUCUGUCAUGGAUGGUCCCCAGGGGGUUUAUGUCAAGGGCCUCUCCAUCCACCCUGUCAGCAACGAGGAGGAGGCUCUGCAUCUCCUUUUUGAGGGUGAGACCAACAGAGUGAUAGCAGAGCACAGCCUGAAUAAGAAUUCCUCCAGAUCCCACUGCAUCUUCACCAUGUACAUUGAGUGUCGUUCCAGGGAUUACACCAAUCACAAAUGCCUUAAAUCUAAAAUCACCUUAAUUGACCUGGCAGGGUCUGAGAGGCUGAGCAAGACCAGGUCUGAGGGCCAGGUGCGGGUGGAGGCCUCCUACAUCAACAAAUCCCUGUCCUUCCUGGAGCAGCUGGUCAUCGCCCUGGCCGAUCCCAAGAGGGAGCACAUCCCCUUCAGGCAGAGCAAACUCACCCACGUCCUCAAGGACUCGCUGGGGGGGAAAUGCAACACUGUGCUGGUGACAAACAUCUACGGGGAAGCUGAGCACGUGGAAGAGACCCUGUCCUCCCUCCGUUUUGCCACCAGGAUGAACUGGGUGACAGCAGAGCCUGUCCCCAACGAGCCCUUCUACCGGGAGGUAUCAGUGAAGGCUCUGGAGGAGGAGAUCCAGCUCCUGAAGCAAGAGCUGAUCAUGCAGGACAGCUUGACAAGUCAUUCCUUGAUGAGUUACAACCCCCUGACUACAGCCCAGAGAGCAGAAAUCAGAUCCCAAGUCCAGAAAUACCUCAGAGGAGUCAUUGAGGAAAUCGAUAUUGUGAAUGUCAGGCAGAUCCAGGAGGUGUUUAGACAGUUCAAAAUGAUUUUAAGCCAGCAGGAGGAAGAAGUGGAGAGCAGGCUCUGGAACAAGUACAGGCUGGGAUACAUGGUUGAGUCUGAGUCUGAGUUCAGUUCUAGUUCUGCUCUGCAUUUGGAGGAGGCUCAGGAGCAGCAGGAGGAGCAGGAGGACAUGGAAAGCACAGUUGAUAAGGACAAGGAUUCAGACCAGGAGGAUGAUGCAGGGAUUCUUGAGAUUGGAAAUCCUCCUACAUUCCCCACUCCUGGUGGGAAGAAGGAAGCCAAGAAAGAUGAUGAGAAGGAAAUAUGUAGGAGCCCUCCUCCUGAGACAGAUCAGGAUGAAUUCUCACCAUCCAAAAGUCCCACCAAGGAUCUGGAAGAAGAAGAGGAAAAGGAAGAAGAAGAGGAAAAGGAAGAAGAAGAGGAAGUGGAAGAGGAAGAGAAAGAGGAAGAGGAAGAGGAUGGAGAUGACCAGGACAGUGAUGAAGAGCCCUCAAUCUCAUCUUUAGAGGAUUCCCAGAACCUCAGGCCCCUUUUGUCCAAGCAAGAGGCGUUUGAGGUGUUUAAGAAGGAGACUGGACGGGAGAUCUACCGGAUCUUCAGGGACAACAAGAGAAUCCUCAUUGCCAGGAAGAAGAGAAGCCAUUCUGUGACACAGGGGAUCAACGGCCUCAAGCAGCAGAUGGAGGCAAUCAAGGAGGCUCUGGAGGCUCAGAAGCAGAAGCGGAGGCAGGAGGGAGAAUACACGGAUGAGAAAGGACGGGUGAUCAUCGAUGAGGAGGAGUUCUCCUUCAUCCUGAAGCUGAAGGAGCUGAAGGAGGAGCACAGGGCUGGCUUUACCGAGCUGCAGGACCUGAAGGCAGAGAUCCAGUACUGCCAACAGCUCAUGGAUAAGUGCAGGAAAAGGCUCAUCUCAGAGUUUGAGAUCUGGUACAACGAAACCUUCCGUAUCCCCAAAGGUGUGAAGAAAGCUCUGGAGUCUGGUGGGAACAUCAGACCUGGAAUGAUUCCCAUAAAGAGAGUCAUGUUCCCGGAUGAAGACGUGCAGGACAAGUUUGAGCGGGUGCAGGAGACGGCGCUGCCCGACUGCCCGGGCUCUGUGUCCUUCUACAGGGCCAGGAUGAAGACAGAUCAAAAGCAAACCUUCGACAGGACCAUGGCGGCCCUCCAGAAAAUGCACAGGAAACCCGGACUGGUCCCGGCUGCUGGGAAGAAGAAAGCCCUGUCCUUCCUGCCCCUCACAUAGCCUGGAUCCCAGCAUUCCCGAAGGAAUGCCACCUCAGGAAGUGCCUCCUGCUCGUGUCCACCACCGAUUUAUAAAAAUAAACAGCAGGAAAAGCGAA